AUGCCAGUCUCUCGCAGUCCUGAACAGGCUGGUGCUGAGGCAUUAGAAACCACUGAACAGCCACUUUGUAUUAUUUGCAAUGAGAACUUAGGUUCCGAAAACAAGACUGUUACAACUUGUAAUCAUUGCUUUCAUUCACCAUGUUUACGUAGAUGGUUAGAAACUAGUCCCACUUGUCCAGUUUGUCGUCAGCCUUGUAAUAAUUUAGAUGGCAAUAGCCAAGAUUUUCAACCCACACGUCUUGCUCCCUCUAAUACAAGAAUAGAGGAGGAGCAAUUCCUCGUGAUCGUCCGAACACAAGAUUAUAUAACCAACAGCAACAACAACAAAGAGUCUAUGUUUCAGAAUAUUAAUAUAGGAAACAAUAAUCGGAACAAUAAUAAUACAAAUUCUCCUAAUUUGGCCGAUAAUAGGUCACAAAUACCAAAUUUAGACAAUAGAAGGACAAACCCUUCAUCAAUGAUGAAUACAGGUCCUAACCCUACACCUGAUUGGCCACAGGAUAAUCCUUUCAGAGCUGACCAAUCCUUUAGACCUGCACAAUCUCAUAGACGUAGUGGUCAUAUACCAUUACCAGUAAAUGUUGAUAAUUCGCCUCUUACCUCUCAUCAAAUCUCAAAUUUGAUAAAUAAUUGGCGUGUAAAGUAUUCGGGUUUAAAUAAUGAUAUUUCCAUUGAUGAGUUUAUAUACAGAGUGAAUACUUUAACUUCAAUUCACUUAAAUGGAAAUUUUGAUUUGCUCGUGGAACAUGUACAUUCUCUUUUCGAGGGCAAAGCUCUCAAGUGGUUCUGGAGAUUCCAUCGCCAGACUGAUACCACGCCAGUAUGGUUUGAUCUCUGUGAUGCACUUAGGAGGGAAUUUAAAGAUACAAACACUGAUUACGAUAUCAAGGAUGAUAUGCGUCGUAGGAAACAGAAGAAUUCUGAAAGUUUUGAUUCCUUUUUGGACACCAUGAUGAAUCUUAGUGAUAAACUUAGAAUUCCUUUUAGUGAAAGUGAAUUUGUUGAAAUCAUAAUUAGAAACUUGAGAACAGAAUUGCGGCAUGAGUUAUUGCAUUUAAAUAUUAACGACAUUUCUACGUUACGAAAAGAAGUAAGGAAGCACGAAAAAUUCUUUGAGGAUUUAUCCUCUCAUUCGUCUUCAAGACCUAGAUAUUCUCGCCCAAACGUAUCUGAGAUUUUGCAAUCCUCUGAGGUAAAUGAGCUUGAACAGGAAGAGUUGUCGGAAGAGUUAAGAUCCUCUAUGCGUAUACGUAAUUUUUGGAUUAGAAGAAAACAACUUAAAAAGUUCGUAGUUUCUUCUAUUGUCAAUAAUGGUACAGAUACCAGACCCUUUGUAAAUCUUUGUAUUUUGAAUAAAACAUUUUUAUCCUUGCUCGAUAGCGGAGCAAAUAAGUCUUGUAUAGCUGGUAGUUUGUGUCAGGAGAUUUAA